CUUCCACAUAAUAAGACUUUUAUAAGUUAAAGUUCAGUGAUGUGCGUAAGUCAUCUCUGCUAGUGAAAGGUCAGAGGGUUGAUUUUCUGAUGUUUGAUAUGCAGGAGGAUUCCCCGCUAAUGAGACUCUUUUUUUCGGAUUUAAACUCUUUGAAUCCUCUAAUCUCCAUGCGCGCGGCUCUGUGAUUAGAGCGCCGGUCGCUGGAUCGAGUUUCCGUUCAUUCCCGUUCGCUGCAGAGAACAUCCAGUAUUUUAUUUAUGCUCCACAUGGCUCGUACAAUACUAUAAGCUCUUUGACAGUAUGCCCUUAUCUACGCCGUCACAUAGGAGUCCAUCUUGUGAAUCACAGUGGAUGUUCUGAUGUUUCAUACCAGUCCGACUGCAGGAAGCAAAAUGAGGUUUUAAAGUAUCACGUGUAGGUCGUUCGUUAACUUCAAUUUUAAAGGAAAUAUGCUGAUUUAGCCUACAUAUUUUUAGUAGGCUACAUAUGUAGCGAAAGAGACCGAAUGCUUUCUGUUUGAAUAGGCUAAUUGUAUAUUAGCAUACGGUUCAAUGUUUAGGUUUAAAAUCCACGUGAUUUUCGUUUUUUAAAAAACAUUUAAUAAAAAAAAAUAAUAUUUAUUUUUUCACAGAUAUUUUGCACGUAGAGGUUAUGAUCGCAUAAGGUUAUUAACCUAAGCAAAACAUGCCUUUUAAUAACAAUAAAAAAGGUCAAUUUCAGCAAAAUGAGACUUUUUUAUUAUUAUUAUUAUCCGGACUGUUUUAAGCCCCACAAAAAAAAAAAAAAAUCCAAAUGAUUUUUUCGAGAUAUUGGAAAACAUGGCCAUAAUAAUAAAAAUUAGCUGUAUUCAAGCCAUUUUCGAAAAAUAUUAUGUAUUUAAAUAACUGGUCUACAUCACGUCAUUAAUACAUUUACAAUUCAAAGUAGCCUAAAGUUCAUUUAAUAGACCUGAUAGGUCUAUAAAUUGUGAAUUUAAGAUUACGCCCAAGAGUUUCUCUAACACACACACACACACACACACACACGUCCUGUACGAGCUGUCCGUGGUUCUGAAAAGAAACAGCGAGUUGUUUUUGGAAAAAGUAGUUUAUAUAUUUGCAAUAGGCCUAAAACAUAUACGGCGCGUGAUUUAAUAUUUCUUUUAGACAUCAUGUUUUUCUCUAUGAAAUGUUCUGCCUGUCAGAAGUUUCGUUUGAACUUUGUGCAUUUUUUUUUUUUUCUGUUAUCUAAACAUUAUAACGUUGCCUAAACAUAAAAGUAAAGACUGGAAGUAAUCUUGAAUGUAGAAUAUGGGUUUUGAAAUGGAAAAUAAAAGGGUUGUGAAUGAAUCACUUAAUUAGAGCAAACCCACGUGACUGCAGGUUUGUCCUCCGGUCAUAAGAACAGGUGUCGCAGUGAGCUGAAGGUGCAGAUCAAGAAUACACCCACUGCUAUACUAAAGAGAGUUCUUUUUCUUUUAUGACUGACGCCGUCCACAAGUUUUUAGGUCUAAAUCUUCUCAUAAAUUAUAGUGAGCUAAAGUUAAAGUACAGUUCUUUUCCACUUGGCAAGCGCGUGUGAGAACCGUCACUCAUGAAGGUGGAGGAAGAGCUGAGGAGCGGCGGCGGAGCGGUGACCGGUGGUCGGGGCAGCAACGACUGCUGCAUCACCAGACUGCUGAGCGUCGUGGAGAGCGAGUUACAGGCCGGGCGAGAGAAGGGAGACCCCACUGAGAAACAGCUCAAAGUCACCCUGGAAGAUGCUGAACUCUGGAGGAAAUUCAAAGAAGUCACCAAUGAGAUGAUUGUGACGAAGAACGGCAGGAGGAUGUUUCCAGUCCUGAAGGUCAGUGUGACAGGUCUGGAUCCCAACGCCAUGUAUUCGUUCCUGUUGGACUUCAGCCCUGCAGACGGCCACCGCUGGAAAUACGUAAACGGCGAGUGGGUCCCUGCGGGCAAACCCGAGCCUCACAGUCACAGCUGCGUCUACAUACACCCCGACUCCCCCAACUUCGGAGCCCACUGGAUGAAAGCUCCGGUGUCCUUCAACAAAGUCAAACUGACCAACAAACUCAACGGAGGCGGCCAGAUCAUGCUGAAUUCUCUCCAUAAGUACGAACCUCAAAUUCACAUUGUUCGUGUAGGAGGCAGCCACAGGAUGGUGACCAACAUCUCUUUCACAGACACUCAGUUCAUCGCUGUAACAGCCUACCAGAAUGAAGAGAUAACUGCACUGAAGAUAAAACACAAUCCGUUUGCCAAAGCUUUCCUCGAUGCAAAGGAAAGGAGCCAUCCUAAGAAUCAUCUUGAACCUCCAGCUGAAAACCAGCAUGUGGGCAUACCACACUGUGGAUGGUUCAUAUCAAACCCAGACACCCUGUGUUCUAGUGGUGGCAACUUUCCAUACCCAGGAGGUUUACCGCUUACUCCCCACCAUGGGUACAAACACUACCCAAGUCUGCAUGGACACCGAGCGGCCCCGUACCCUUCGCCCUACCUGCCCCGCCAUCAUCAUCACCACCACCACCCCCACCGUGGCCAUAACUCAGUGUCUCUAUCUGAGAAUCUGAGUCCAGGUGCUGUGCAGAUGUUCUCCGGUCACGAGAGCUGGACAGGUGUGUCUCCUCCUGGUCCUGCUGCGAUGCUGUCUAUGCCGCCUGCUCCGAGCUCCCCCGGAGCCAGCAGUCAGUAUCCAUGCCUGUGGACUGUGAGCAGUUGCACUGUAUCAUCCAGCCCUCCAGGGGGCAUUGUGAGCACCACACACAGCCAGGAGGAGCCUGCAGAUGGUGGCUCCACUUCUACAUCACCUUGCUCCUUACUGCAGAGUCAUGGACCAACCAGCUCCGAGAAUGGUGUAGAUCAAGCUAAUCACAUUAGGGUAGGCGGAGUGAGCUGGUCUUCUGUCACCACCCACACAUUUUGAGUGAUCUCAUUAAACUGCAAAGAAACAGGUGUACAUACAUGAUAUUUGGAAGAUUAUGAGUGUACAGCAGGUUAAAGUGUUAAUAGAGUGCAAAAGUGCACCACUUUUUCAGCGGCGUUGGUUCCGGAAGUAAUUUUUCCAUUCAUUUCUCCCAUAAGGAUGUCUUCGUUAAAGUGUUAUAACCAACCAGCUAUGAGGUGAAUCAUAACAUAACAUAAGCUUUGAUUUGAAAGCAAAAAAGGUACAAGACUCUGCACUUAAUGGAUUUACUGAGGGAAAGAACUACAAUCCCAUGAAGCAUUGCGAACAGCAUAAUCGAAUGAAAAUGGAGAAAUAUAAAACUACACAUUUAAAGGGGUCAUAUAAUGCCACUUUUACAAGAUGUAAAAUAAGUCUCUGGUGUCCCCAGAGUGUGUAUGUGAAGUUUUAGCUCAAAAUACCCCACAGAUCAUUUUAUAGCAUGUUAAAUUUGUCACUUUUUGAGGGUGAGCAAAAACGCUCUGUUUUGUGUGUGUCCAUUUAAAUGCAAAUGAGCUGCAGCUCCAAAGAAGAGGGCGGAGUUUCAAGAACUCAUGUUAGCAGCUCCGAUUACCUCAGACUCGCUGAAAAUGUCAGAAACUGUUCAGGCUUUUAUGUUCAAACCGGAGUCAGACAAUGAUGGAGAGGCUCAAGAAGUGACAACAUGUAGAAUGCAACAGGACGUUUCUGAACGGUUAGUUGAUGAAUUUAUGUAGCUGAUGUGGAGUUAACUAUCUUAAAGUCAUUGAUUAGCAUAUUCUGUCAUGAUAACCACUCGUGUGGGAACUGUUGUAAGAUCCUACAGAACCAGAGAAUAUAUGCUGCAUGAAGAUAGAACACGUAUAGUUUAGUUUAAUUACAGUUUAUAACUUAUGUUGUCAUCUUGCUUUUAUGACAUGCUAUUGCAUUUGUGUUGCUUACUGUAUUGCAAUAACAUGGCCUCACCCCUUUGUUGCGUGUUCUUGGGGGCAGGGUUUAUGUAAAUUUUAGUGUUAGUGAUGUCACCAACCCGGGAAGAAGCUCGUUGUAGUCCCUACCAGCCGUUUGUUGUAGUCCUUAAACAGAGAAUUCUUGAAAAGAAAAUAUCUCACUUUGCAUUGAACUUUGAGCGUCAUAACUUUGCAGAUGUUGUUUAUGCUCUAACAAUAUUACACACUAUCUAAAGUUAAAUAAGUGAAAUCAUAAUCAACCACCCCUUUAAAAAUGUUGAUUAUUAUAUGCAUAUAUAUACAAAUAUUUAAGUAUUUUCAGAGCGUAGGGAGACCAAAUCGAUUGUCAUUCGCAGUGCUUUGUGGGAGUGGGCAGAGCUAAAGAGCUAUUUUGUCACGUUUUGCUUGUCAUGACUCUCUGAUUGGUGGAAUUUUCUGUACAGCAUCAUGGGAAAUAGCGGUGGGAGAUUAAAGCGAUAGUUCACCAAAAAAUAAACAUUUUGUCAUCACUUACUCACCCUCGAGUUGUCCCAAACCUGUAUGAGUUUCUUUCUUCUGCUGAACACAAAAGAAGAUAUUUUAAAGAAUGUUGGUAAUCAAACAGUAGAUGGUAGCCAUUGACUUCCAUGGUAUUUUUUUCUUACUAUAGAAGUCAAUGGCUACCAUCAACUCUUUUAUUACCAACAUUCCCUUUCCCUAUCCCUUUAACUCUUUUAAAACAUCAAGCACAUCCUGCUCUUUAUUGUCUCAUUCAUGCGUUUCAUCACUCUAAGGUGUCAACAGUGCUGUGCUAUGAUUAAAUAUUUACAUAGUGCAAUAUACUCUAUAUAGCAAAAUCUCUAACCAUAUACCGCCGCCACGAUAUUGUCAUAACACCCAGCCCUAAGUUUUUCACCACAAAUUCCACUGUUAAACACAAUUUUAAAAAUAAGUUGAAAUAAUGCAGAAGCAAAUAUUAUCAUCGAUUAACAAACCUUGUAGCUCACAAUAGGGCAGUGUUUAAAGGUUUAUAAGUUAUCGUUAAAAAUCAGUUUUCCUGUGGAGAGUUUCUACUUCCGGAACCCGACUGUUGCACUCUAUUGCCCUGUCCCAAAUGAUGCCCAUCUAUUAUAAUAGAAAAGGGGGAACUUUUUGUGCUUUCAGUGUAUGUGCUUGACAGUCUUCUGUCAUAAUAUCGUAAUUUGGGAUGUUACAAGUCAUUACGAUGGAUCUGAGAGGUUAUGGGUUCAAUUCACAUACUGCUAAAAAAAUGGAAUAAAAACGUCUGUCAUAUAACUGCUGAACUGUAAAUGUACACCUCCGUUCAAAAGUUUGGGGUCAGUAAGAAGUCUAUUUUAAAAUGUAAUUUAUUCCUGUGAUGCAAAGCUGAAUUUUCAGCAUCAUUACUCCAGUCUUCAGUGUCACAUGAUUCUUCAGACUUCAUUCUAAUAUGCUGAUUUGGUGCUCAAGAAACAAUUCUUCUUCUCAUCAGUGUUGAAAACAGUGGUUUGCUUAAUAUUUUCAUGGAAACCUGAUUACUUUUUUAGGAUAAAUAGAAAGUUCAAAAGAACAGCAAUUAUUUGAAACUUUUGAUUUAUUUAAUGCAUCAUUGCUGAAGAAUUAAUUUAAAAAACUUAACUGACCCCAAAUCUUUAUAUUUUAUUUCUCUUCAGAGUCCAUUUGUAUAUUUGUACAACAGUCUGGUCAAAAGUUCAAAGCUGUUAUCUGAACACAGAACAUCUGACUGGAGUGACUCAUACAGAGAGCUUAAUACAACUACAACUGAGGUAAAACUCGACAAUUAGGCCCCAGAAUAAAUGGUUACUCUAGUUAAUCAGUUAAAACACUUUGGCAUGUGGAACAAGGCAGUUUUUGGCAGGCACAGUGCUUUCGCUCUUACCUAGACUUUUUACCUCCGAUUGAGCACAAAACUGCAAACACGUUCAUUCACAAUCUCUUUUUUCUCUCUCUCUCUCUCUCUCUCUCUCUCUCUCUCUCUCUCUCUCUCACACACACACACACAUAUUCAUUGCAUUCACACUUUCACAGGCAAAAACACAAACACAUUACAGUUGCAUUCACACCACUAACUACACACACAGUUCUGCUUCCUCCAAAAGCAGAUCUCACUUAUCUGUAGUUUUAAAAUGCUGCAUAAAGAGACUGAAAUUAUUCCCCCAUCAUAUUUUUCCACUCUUGAAAAUGUUAUUUUAAUUGUGCCGGUGGAGUGUACCACUCUGUUGUUUUCACAUGAGUGUAAAAAAUAAUGACGGCUGUCCAGUGAAUAGGGCCUUGGCAUGAGUUUAGACCACUAUGGGCAUGCAGUAGACACUCUCUCUCUAUCUCACUCACACACACACACACACACACACACACACACACAGGCUCACCUUUCUCAUAGAGACAAAUACACAGUGUCUAAACAGCCUCAUAAAGGACUAAGCAAAUGUUCUGAAUUCUAUUUUCUUGAUCCCUUAAUCUAUAAUAUUUUUAUUUUCUAACAGUGACUUGUUUCAUAUUAGUCCUUACAUAUGGUCUGUAAUUGCAAAUCUUAUUUUAAAAGUACACUAUGUAACUUUUGGCUCUCUAGUGGUGAAAAAACAAAACCGCAUGCAUUUUGUGGAAAAACAUUGUUUUGUUCUGCUCAUAAACAUUCACUACGAGGCUAGAUAUAACCAGUUUAGAUGGAAAGGAUCUCAAGCUGACUUGCUGAAGAUGUUAUUGUAGCUCAUUUCCCUGCGUUCCAUUCAGAAGGGCUCAUCCCUAUCCCCUAAUCCCUUCAAAGGGUUUACCCUCCGGAGUGAGAGCUUCAAAGGGUGUAGGGAUUCGUUGCACAUUUUGUAUGCUGGUUGACCCCCCCAAAAAACACGCUCUAAACGAUGAGUAGAUUGUGCAAGCUGCGCCUUUUGUUUAACGUUAGUUUAUUUAUUUUUGGUUUAUCGCACCAUAUUGUGUCUAUGUAUUUGAAACAUUUGAAGUGUCCAGUUUUGAGCACUUCGGUUUGGAAUGACCCUUCAAUAUAGUGGCCAUUAUUGUUUUCACUCCUAAGUGCCCUUCUGAGGGCGAUAUAUCCCAUUUGGAACGCACCGUUAAAGGUGCAGUGUGUAAAUUUUUGCGACAUCUAGCAGUGAGGUUGCAAAUUGCAACUAACAGCGCACACUCCUCCCUUUCGGAGAAGCUACGGUGGCCGUCUGGCCGACAUGUCGUCUUCUGAGAGAGCAGAGAGUAGCAUGUGUGAAGCAAUGAGGUCUCUUCUUACUUCUAACAAAGAACGAUCUCUGCUUCUAAUAAACCAGAGGACUACUACUACUGCUUUGUGCGUAUUCAACGUAGUGACGAUGCAAGCUGCCUCUAAAAACACGAACGAUUUAGAAGAACAACAACAUAGUGACGAAACGCGCUCUGUAGAGUGUUUGUCCGUUUAGGGCUGCUGUAGAAACAUGCCGGAGCAUAAUGGCGACUUGACAUGGAGGGGGGACCCGUGGUGUGAGAGAUAGAAAUGACUCAUUCUAAGGUACUAAAAACAUAACGGUUCAUUAUGUAAGGUCUUUAUGUACCACUGAAAACAUAGUUAUGUAUAUUAUAUUGCAUUUCUGACAAUAGACCCUCCCAAAUUUUACACAUUGCACUUUUAAUAGACACGGUACUUCCUUGAAAAUAAAUUCCAGCACAGCACUGCAACCAGAAUGAAAUUACCCUUCACUAUAGAUAAUGCUUUACAACGAACUCUGUUAGAGAGCUACAUAUAGGAUUUUUUUCUGUUCAAUAAAAAUACCUUACUCACCCGAUGCGUAAUAAAAACGCCAUCUUCUCCGCGUAUCCACAUUUCAAAUCCCUCAGUUCUCGCCGUCUCUGACUCUCGUUUCAUUACGAGAUCUGUCGCGUUCUCUUUUUGCCAGCAGACUCACCAUGUUCGCCGUUUGUUUAAAAUUUAGCAGCUCCAUGUCAACCUUUCUCACUCGUUGUGACAACUAACCUAUGCCACUCACACACCAGACACGCGUCAAAGUAGCUGGAGCGACUUUUCUCUGACGGAUAUGAAGACACACACGGGCGAGUGACGUACGGAAUUUCCCACAAAAACCAUCCCGACACGUCUAAUAUAUAAACACUUAUAAUAGGCUUAUAACAGGCAGUGAAUCAGAGUGAGACAAAACAUGAAGUAUUGGUUAUGUAUUGAUGAAUUUGGUUGCUUUUGAGAAACAAAAGUUUCAUAGUGUACAUUUAAGUUUUUAAAAAGGAUGAAAAUGUAAAAAAUAAAUAAAUAACCAAAUUUAGUAGCCAGCUGAUGUCUAACCCCAAAGACCUAAAAAAAAAUAACACUUAUGGAAAAAAAGUGACAAUAGUCUUUAACCUGACUGCUAGUGUACUAUGUACCUGAGAUGUUUAACUUAAAAAACAAAAGAACUUGUGUACAAGACAGUGCUUGUAUUAUUCUGCUCUUCCUUAAAGGGAUCGUUCAAGUAAAAAUGAAAAUUUCAUAUUCCAAUAUUUUUUCCCCAUAGAGUGGAAGUCAUUAAUAACUUAAAACUGUUCGGUUACCAACAUUACUUAAAAUAUCUUUUGUUUUCCACAAUAGAAAGUAAGUCAUACAGGUUUGGAACAACAUGAGAUGGGGUAAAUAAUGACAGAAAUUUCAGUUUUUGGGUGAACUAUCCCUUUAACAAGAAACAUUUUAAAUAUAAACCAUUCUGUUAGAGGACAUUAAUAAAAUGAAUGUUUUAGUAAUUAUGUAGCUAAAGGAUUCCAGCUUCACUGUAUUUGUUCUGUCACUGCAUUGUAUUUUUAAAAUGCAUGUAAUCAUAUUGGAAGCCCUAGUGUGCCAUAAAACCUGUUCAAACGAC